AUGCUUGGAUCUACGCCCACGGACCGGCCUUCCAAGGUUGAGCCAGGCCCAUCGGAACGGCUUCAGUAUUCUCACAACUACCCACCACCAAACAACCCUCCUGGGGUCAACCACUUACAUGUGCCGGCUUAUGGCACACCUCCACAAGUUGCACACUAUCCGCCUCCGCCUUUGAAUCCGCCCCCUGCCCCUUCUACGGCUCAUGUAUAUCGUCCUUCUGAACCCUCACCUUAUGGGUUGGACCCAGGGGUUGCGUCUACGACUAGACUGAGAACCUCGAUUGCCUGUAGAUAUUGCCGCAAGCGAAAGAUCAGAUGUAGUGGUAAAGACAGUGCACUUGGCAGUAAAUGCCAAAAUUGCUCAGGGAUGAACCAGGAAUGCAUAUUCUCAGACAUCAAACCGGCGUCAGCCUUUGAUCCUGAUAUUGCCUGCGGGUUUGUUUUACCGAGGGAUGGGGUUAAUGGUUCUCUCGGAGAACCCUCCAUCCAAACACAAGACCAGAAUCGCGAUAUCGGUAGCUCUGGAUACGGAUCCUAUCCAAGUUUGUCGGAGUAUUAUUAUCCUCAGUACUAUCACCCUCCUCCACGAGAUGAUUAUGGCUAUGGUCCGAGACCAUACUACGACCAAGGGCAAGACGACGAGGACUCGCUUAAAGCCUACCCCACAUGGGCAAAGCAUCUUCAGGAACUUACUUCCAGUUUAAGUGAUAACCAAACCAGUGUCUUCCUUGAUCUAGACAACGAAGCUUUUGAUUAUACCGUCUCUGUUGUGCCCAUCAAUUCAGUGUCAACGGUUGGUGGUCAUGAUGUUUCGGAGACUAGGAAAAGCCACAAUGCUACGAGUCCAGAAAGGUCUGUUCAGACACUGCAAGAUCAUAGGCAGCAGGCUGCAUUGGCCAUUCCGAGUUUUCCACCUCCUCAAGGCCUUAAGCGUCGACCUCUGGCAGCCUUACCUGAGAUACUACAGGAUCAAGACCGGGAAUCCCUUAAAUUGGGAGAAGUCUCUGGCACUGGCCUUGGAACGAAGUUGACAACGCGAGUUGAGGCCUCAAAGGAAUCUAUCGAGCUUCCGGAUCCAGCAAAGUUGAGCAUAAGAUCCCCCACCACUUCAUCAUCUCCAACUGUAUCAUCCAAUAUAGACGUGGACUCAAUAUCUGGAGAUUCCGAAGGUCAGUUUGAUGGGAACAGCCUGGAGUACUGCCUCUUCAGCCGAGUUUUCUGCCGUUUAGCGAUUCUUAGUCAGGGUGAGACGACGGUAAGAGGGAAAUCGAACAGCAGCGGUUCAAAAGGAAAGCAAGUUGCAAAGAGUGGCUCUGCAAGCUCUUCUACAACCAGAGAUACAGCGAGCACUACAGGGGAAUGGAAGAAUCGACGGCAAGGCGACGACAAUGGUGAUGAAAGCAAAGAUAGACAGAACGAGCCCCCUAAGAAGAGAGGCAAGACAAGUCAAUCCCACUGUGACGAACGAUCGCAGUUUCUAGCAUGCCCAUACUGGAAGGCGGAUUCGAGAAAGUAUUGGGAUUGCUUCCUCAAGAAGAACGACACAAUCGCACACUUGAAGCAACAUCUGACGCGCCGUCAUACACCCAAGUAUUACUGUCAAAUAUGCUACCAAACCUUUAGAGACUUUGACCUUUUUGACUCACACGCGCUAGAGAGAUCGUGCACAAGAGGUCCCUCUGCGAAACUGGAAGGUAUAUCUCAGAAGCAAAAGAAUCAGCUUUCUCUAAAGAGCAAGGGAUCUGUUGAACAACAGUGGUAUACCGUAUGGUCGAUCCUCUUUCCUGAUAUGGAACCCCCUGCUACGAUAUACAUUUAUUCGACACAAUCCGAAGACUUUUGCCGGAUUCAGGAGUUUGCGCAACGAGAGGGAGUGGCCAUUAUGCUAGAUGAGCUGGAGUCUAAUGGACUUGUGGUCCGACCGGAUGCAUCCAACCAACUGCUCCGAUCGACCGUCCAGAGAGCUAUGGUGUCGAUCUUCAGAAGCUACUCCGUCAGGCGCGAACCGAGCUCCGAAGCAGAAGAGCCGAUCGUCAUCCAAGAUUUGCAACCAGAUAAUGAAGCAUCAUUUCAGCAAGAACCAACUACUGGAAGUCAAAUUGGUCAUGGGAAUCUUCCCACCACAUCCGCUGAUGUGAACUGGAUAGUGGACGAAGGUAUGGACGAUGCUGGAAUUGAGAGGCUAAGUAGACCAAGCAUAAGUACAUGGUCACAAUUACCAACCGCGACUUCAUGGCUUCCCAGAGGGGUUGUGCAGGAUAACACCGAGGAUGAGUCAUGGGGACCAGCUUUUCCUGAUGAGCCAGCAUUUGGGGAAAGUUCGUCAGGAAACGAUCUACCUUUCAACUUUGAGAGCUCAGACAUGUUAGACUUGGAUGCCUUAUUGCGAGAUGUGAUAAGUACCGAAGCAUAG